CCCCCAGUCAUCAUCCCACCCACUCCACCAGCUGUGGGACAGUACUUGCCCGAGGUUGGGCCGGGGAUAGAGGGCGUCAAGCCCCCCUAUGGCUACAUGGGCAAGAAAGGCAAGGCUGCUGGUGCCGUCUAUGAGAUGCCCGCAUUCACGGCAGAGCUCCUCACCCCCUUCCCCCGGGUCGGGGUGCCUGUGAAGUUCGACAAGCUCCUCUACAAUGGCCGGCAGAACUACAACCCCCAAACGGGGAUCUUCACCUGCGAGAUCCCUGGUGUCUACUACUUUGCCUACCACGUCCACUGUAAAGGGGCCAGCGUUUGGGUUGCGUUGUUCAAGAACAACGAGCCACUGAUGUAUACGUACGAUGAAUACAAGAAGGGCUUCCUGGAUCAGGCUUCGGGCAGCGCCGUUGUUCCGCUGAUGCACGGAGACAAGGUUUACGUUCAAAUGCCAUCCGAGCAGGCGGCAGGACUCUAUGCCGGGCAGUACGUUCAUUCGUCUUUUUCAGGAUAUUUAUUAUAUCCCAUGUAAAACAAAAAACCAGACACACACACACAUACACACAAAAUCAAAACCUUUCUUCUCUGCUUCAAACUUAUACCAUGAAAGAUGCAUUUUAUGACCAUUUUGGACCAUCUUGUGCAAAAAAUAAAUAAAUACAAAGUUUAACAUUAUGCACAGCUAGUUAUAAAAAAAAAAAAGUGUGGUGAACGUAUCUAAAGAUGUGUAUCAGGUUCAUAAACAGUUGUUUUGCACCCGAGGGGGACAUAUUAGCUGUACGUUAUAUAUUUCUGUGAUGCCAUGCUUACUUCAUUUCAUUCACAAUAAUUCAGUACCAAGGUUCAAAUCAGCGUAUGUCACUCACUCCCAUUGCAUAUUUGACUGUUGCAUUGAUCAUAGUUGCAAGAUGAAAACCGGUGACUUAAACCAGAGUAGGUCGGUCUCGAAUUAUAUGGAAAAAUUGAGUGGCUUUUUAUUUGUUUGGG